AUGGCUGAAGGGAAUGGGAAAGCACCCUCAGCUUUGAACUUUCUGCUUAAGCAAUAUGGAACUCAGGGCCAGAUUUCUGCCUCAUUCAAUUAUGCUGAUGAGUAUUUUUCUCUACAAGAAAUUGUUCUGGUUGUAUUUUUUGGUGCUGAAUAUGUGGUGCGGCUAUGGUCGGCAGGUUGCAGAAGUAAAUAUGUUGGCUUGAAGGGAAGAGUACGUUUUGCCAGAAAGCCAAUAUCAAUUAUUGAUCUUAUUGUUGUGAUAGCCUCAAUAAUUGUUCUGAGUGUAGGCUCAAAUGGGCAGGUGUUCGCCACAUCUGCAAUAAGGGGAAUUCGUUUUUUACAGAUACUACGCAUGCUUCAUGUAGAUCGGCAGGGCGGCACUUGGAGGCUCUUAGGAUCCGUUGUUUUCAUACACCGUCAGGAACUCAUAACCACCCUAUACAUUGGAUUCCUGGGGUUGAUCUUUUCAUCUUAUUUUGUCUACCUCGCUGAGAAGGACGCAGUGGAUGAAGAGGGAAAGACUGGAUUUUCUAGCUAUGCUGAUGCACUGUGGUGGGGUGUGGUAACAGUCACAACAAUUGGAUAUGGAGAUAAAGUACCACAGACAUGGAUUGGGAAGACAAUAGCCUCUUGCUUCUCAGUAUUUGCUAUAUCUUUUUUUGCUUUGCCAGCGGGGAUUCUAGGUUCUGGUUUUGCCUUGAAAGUACAACAGAAACAACGUCAGAAGCAUUUCAACAGACAAAUUCCAGCUGCAGCUUCUCUAAUUCAGACUCUGUGGCGGUGCUAUGCAGCGGAGAAAUCAUAUAGUUCUACAGCAACAUGGAAGAUCUAUGUUAUGUCACCUGCUCAAAGUACAAGAAAACCUCCAGCGCCAUCUAGCCCUAAUCUGAGAAAACAGAGUAGAAGAUACAAAAGAAAAGGAAAACCUGGACGUGAUAAUGGUUCUACACUGAUAAUAAAUUCUGGAGAGACAGCCUUCUCUGUUCCACAGAUUACAUAUGAUCACAUUGAAAGAGAAGACAAAAAAGAUGUGGCUUUUUACGUGGAUGAACCUGGAGUGAAAAGGCGUUUAGAAGGCAACAGUAAUGAAAUGUCAAGGACCAACAGCUUCACUGAUGACAUUGAUCUAAUAUUGGAAGAGUCACCACUGCCCAGAGUAUCCGAUGUUGCGCAAAGAUCACAUCUGCCGCCACAAAUCAGAAAAGCUUUUCUGAAAUAAGAAGAGAAGACAAAAUAAACACAGGAAGUUGCUGUGUUUUCAAGAAAGCUUUAGAAAGAAACUGCAUUAUGUCACUCAG